AUGACCAUGACCUGGAGAUUUGAUGAGAUCACUCUUGGCAAAUGGUGGCGGACACAAUCGAGCCUUGGGCCUCCUGGGCUGCAGACCGACCUGAGUGCUCAAGGAGCUGGAAUCUUCCACACCUUGGAGAGAAUGAAGAACCAGGCUGGUGGGCAGCUCAGUCUGCAGCAAGUGAACAAGAAGUGGCUUCUCCCGGCCUCCUGCAGCUUCUUCUUCCUGCUCUCUGGGCUCAUGGCUGGCUGUUUCCUCUGGCAGUUCCACCUCCCCAAGCUGAAGAUGGCUUCCUUGGGACCAGACGUAACCUCUGCCCCUGUGGGGAUGUGUGCCCAGCACCCGGAGCUUGUGCCCCUGGCCCACCCUGUCCCUGUGGACAGGAUUCUGCGCCAGGCGUCGGCACCUGGCCUGGCCGCCACGUCUGCAGCUGUCAUCCACAAUGACACGGUGCUCUGGACCGGGAACUUUGGGAGGAAGAACAGCUCAGACCCUGCUUCUGGGCCCCCCAGUGAGUACACAUGGGGUAGUGGGGCCCCUGCAAUUUGCAGGAUCUCCAGGCUCUCCAAGAUCUUCCCUGUGCUCAUGCUGUCCUGGCUGUGGGAGGAGGGCCUCAUGGUCUCCCUGGACGGCCCCCUGGAGUAGUAUGCCACACCUUCAUUGUUCAUGCCAGGUGAGGGCCUGGCAUCUGUCCUUCAACCACACAGCAUGAUGGGUGGUCUGGAGGAGGUGGGCCCGGCCCUGAGGCCUUCACCAGUGACCCUCCACAGGAUGGCCAGCCAGCUUGCAGGGCUGUCCAGAAGGCUUCGCUCCACCUCGCUGCUGUGGAAGGGCAGCACCCAGGAGGCUCUGCACCUGCUCAAGGAUGACAUGCUGGUAGUGAACCCUAGGACCAGGAGCCAUUACGGCACGCUGGCUUUCUCCCUUUGGCCUGUGUCCUGGCUGCCCACCCCCCGGCGUGACUACCAGCGCUGGAUCUCCGAGAACGUGCUAGAGUCUCUGGGGAUGGCGGACACGUGCUUCGACCUCCAGCCCCUCGUGCACACCCGGCUGCCUGCGGGUUUCCAAGGCAGUGGCCGGCCCGUGCCGCUCUAUGACCCGGGCCGGUGCCGCCCUUCGGGUCAGAUGUACUCUGCUCCACGCCUGGCCAAGUUGGCCAUCGCGCUCCUGGGCGGCGCGCCCCAGCGGCUCCUGCGGCCCGAAGCGGCCAUAACGCUGCGGGCGCCGCUGCUGGCCGGUCCUGGCACCUACUUCGCCAAGGAGACCUGCACGCCCUAGUUCCACGCGCAGCGGGGCUAUCUCACGGUCCGCACAGACGGCGGCCUGGACAGCUACGCUGCCUCCGUCUCGCCGGUGCCGCCGCUGCGUCUGGGCCUCGCGCCGCUCCUGGCUGGGGCGCGGCCACCCGGGGCCCAGCACGGGCAGCACGUCAACUUCUAUCCCCUGGACAGCACCUACCCGGUGCUGCAGCCGUGGCACAAGCCCGUAUUUAAGACCCAGUGA